ACAACUGCCGCCCAGGCAGCUAUCGGGGCUGGAAGAGGAGGCAGUCGACGGUGGCGGCAGUCCGGCAGGGGGUACCACCAUCCAGGUGGUCCAUCAGCUUAUCCCCACCUCCGACACGUCGCCCUCGCCCGAAGAGAAUGGCCAGCAGCGGCCAGAAGACUCCCAGCCGGAGGACAUUGGACUGGUGUUUGUUGACGACGGAGACUUUGUCCGUCUGCACUUUGUGCCGGCUGCGCUCAGGGAAAAAUCCAGAUUCCGUAAUCGUCCGAGAGAUGGCAGCAAUAGCCGGACGUGGAGCAGGAUUCGACGAGGACUGCGCAGAAGCCGUGUAGAUGGCGCCACGGAUGAAACUGUGCCUGCUCCGCACACAAUCACUGGUGGGGAUGGGUCUCAAAGGCACGUGCCGUCCACGCACGACACAUCGGUCUUAGGAGGCAAAGUACUUAAGGAGGAGGCUUCGGGCGCAGAAGACGCGGUGCCGAGCCAAAAAGACCCCGCUCCCCAAGAUGAGUCAUCAGGCGAUGAAGAUAGUUCAGUUCCAUAUCCGAGCAAGUCUCGGAGCACCGGGGACACCACGCUUUUGGCCGAAGACCGAAAUCCCGCAGGCACAACGCCCCAGGAACCAUUUUCUAACCCGAGCACGAAGAACACUGUUCAUGGGGGAAAAAUAUCGAGUCCUGAGGGCGUCAAAUUCCGUAAGGAGACCUCUCACCACGAGACCGAGGGUGCCCUGCCCCUAGAGCAAGUUUUGGGUCAGCCGGACAGCCCACUGCCCCGGCCUCCGGACGGGACAGGUGGGACCAGCGCGUCUCCACAAGAGCAGGAGCGGCGGAGCAGACCAGCGGAUCGGACCCGUCGUCCCGGUGCAUCUCCAGAGAAGCAGGAUCGGCGGGGUAGGCCCGGCCGGCCGCCGCUCUGGCGUCCUGAGGACAGCCCGUGCUCUUACGGCCUGCUGGUGACGGGCGUGGUGGCCAACAGCAGCCUGGAGCCGCUGCCGGACCGGCUGCUCGAGAUGGCCUUCCCGUUCGACGGCGCGUGGCCGGGGGUCUUCAGCAUCAUUAUCGAGGCCUGGCACGACACGACCGGCGAACUGUUCAAGAACAAUCCCACCAUGCAGGACAUCCAGUCAGGCGACUCGGCGCGGAUCAUCAGCCGGGCGGUCGUGCGCCGCCGUCUGGAGCCGGGCCCCUGGCUGCGCGACCGGGUCGCCCAGGGUCACGUGCAGCUCGAGUACGACGUCCGUGUCGUCUGCGACCAGCAGUCCAACGGCGCCAACUGCAACACGAGACGUCGCGUGAACUGUACCGACACCCCAGCUCGCCCUAGCAAGCUGCCCGGCAUCAUCGGGCAUGAUGCUCGCUUGUGA